AUGUCUUCGCCCCGUUUCCAAGUUUCUUCUCCGAUCCACGGUACCGGUCGACGAAAGUCCCAAUUUACGUAUAGGCAAUUAAGCCUCUUGGCAUCUUACUCAACAUCAUCUCCUCUGCGCGUCAUCGCCCAUAUCGAUCUAGAUGCUUUCUAUGCUCAAUGCGAGAUGGUACGUCUCGGCAUCGCUGAAGAUCAGCCUUUAGCCGUCCAACAAUGGCAAGGCCUGAUUGCCGUUAAUUAUCCUGCGCGCGAGUUUGGCAUAGGCCGGCACUGCACUGUGACUGAUGCGAAGAAACUCUGCCCAAAACUCAUUGCCCAGCAUGUUGCUACCUGGAAGGAAGGAGAUGAGAAAUGGUCGUAUCAUGAGGACGCAGCGUCUCAUAUCGGCACUCACAAGGUCUCUCUUGACCCUUACAGGCUUCAGACUCGUAAAAUUCUCGCACUAAUCAAGGAGAGUCUGCCGCCCAACAUGCAAAAGGUCGAAAAAGCGAGUAUAGACGAAGUCUUUCUUGAUCUAUCUGCGCAUAUCCAUUCCAUUCUGCUGGAGAGGUACCCGGAACUUGCGAAUCCUCCCCCAUAUGACGAUCCCACGGAGAAGCUACCUAUUCCACCCGUAACCGCUCUCGACUGGCAGGCGGAUGCCCUCGUGGACCUUGAAGAUGCAGAAGCCGAGGCGGACGAUCCAGACUGGGACGACAUAGCUAUCCUCAUUGGGUCGGAGAUCGUUCGAGACAUACGCGCUCAGAUUCGCCGAACCCUAGGAUAUACAUGCUCUGCGGGCAUAGCUGGUAAUAAAAUGCUCAGUAAGUUGGGCUCCGGCUACAAGAAACCCAACCAACAGACAGUCAUACGGAAUCGAGCCGUGCGGCAUUUCCUAUCUGAUAUGAAAUUUACUAAGAUUAGAAACUUGGGGGGCAAGCUUGGCGACCAGGUCGUGUCGACUUUCCAUACGGAGACCAUUGAGGAUCUACUCCUUGUACCGGUGGAGCAGAUGAAGCUCAAGCUGGGUGACGACACGGGGGUCUGGCUCUACAAUACGAUCCGCGGUAUCGACACGAGCGAGGUUAACUCGCGCACGCAGAUCAAGUCCAUGCUCUCCGCCAAAUCCUUCCGACCCAGCAUACACAAUCAGGAACAAGCCGUCAAGUGGUUACGAAUCUUUGCAGCCGACAUCUUCUCGCGAUUGGUCGAGGAGGGCGUUCUCGAAAAUAAGAGGCGGCCGAAGACGAUCAACCUACAUCACCGCCAGGGGGGCCAGACCCGCUCCCGACAGAGUAGCAUUCCCCAGGGCAGGACGCUCGACGAGACGACCUUAUUCGAACUUGCCAAGAAUCUGCUAAGCCAAAUUAUUCAAGAAGGUAGGGUCUGGCCCUGCACGAACCUAAGCCUAAGUGUGGGAGGAUUUGAGGAUGGGGUUAUAGGUAAUAGAAGUAUAGGUGCCUUCUUGUUAAAGGGAGACGAAGCACGCGAAUCAACAGGAGCCUCUCGGGAGGCUUCGGCAGAGUCAUUCGUGCAUGAACGACCGGAGAAGAAACGACGGGUUGAUAAUCCCGGUAUCCAGCGCUUCUUUCCUAAGAGGGAGAGUUCGUUAGGUGGAGAUGCUGAUGGGAAUCUUGACAAAGACGUAGUAGGUACGGGUAAAUCCCAGAUUCAGACGAAAGAGGCUUCGCCAAACCGAUUAGGGAGUGCCCCCAAUCCCAUCAUGGAUUACAUUAAGGUGUGUACACGAUGCGAUGCAAGGCUCGAGGGCGCCGAGGCCCUACAGAGCCACCUCGAUUGGCAUCUCGCCAAAGACAUCCAAGAGGAAGAACGUGGCAGACACACAUUUGCUAGCCACCAUUCCACGGUAUCACAAGGUCAGAAGACUGCAGCUGCAUCGUCUUCGUCGUCUAAGAAGCUUACAAGAGGUAGUGCCUCUAGUAGCAGUAAGCUCGAGCACGGGCAGCGGAAAUUGAAAUUUGGGUGA